AUGUGGGUGGAACAAUAUAAAGAACUACUUACAUUGAACAUUGAAGUUGAAGACGAAACAGCUGAAGAUAAAGAAGAGUUUGCAAUUGCUUUCAACGUAAUAAUGUCCUUUCGCCUAAAAAAGAUUCAGCAGCUUUUAAAGCAGCAGCAAUCUACCAAUGAGGAUGCAUCGACCGAACAGUAUACGUCUGACUACACAGUUUCUGUUUUUGAAUGUGAAAAUGGUACCCCAAAGAAUAUGCUCGACAAUGAUGAACAACAAAACAAACAAGAAUAUGAAACCAACGUUUCAGAGAUGGACAAUGAGUUUUUUUAUGAUAAGAAUAUAGCUGUUCCUGGAGUUUCUAAGUCAACAAGUUCUUCAUCAUCUUCAAGCAGCUGUUGUAGUAGGCGUUCUAGUAGGUCUUCCAGUAGUAGUAGCUCUUCUUCGUCCUCUGAAGAUUGUGAAGACAUAAUUAACGAUCAGAACUAUGUACCAAAGAGUGAUGAAGAAUCAGAAGAGUGUGAUAAAGAAAACCACGACGACGGUAAUAAUGAGCCUAAUCAAACCUUAUCAGCAAACUAA